CCCGCCCCGGAUCCGCGCCGGGUUCCGCUGAUGGCGGCGGGGCCCGAGUCCCUGCCGGUGCCGGUGCCGGGGCCGCUGCCGGUGCCGCUGCUGGUGGCGGCGGCCCGGGAGGCUCUGGGGCCCGGCUCCGGUUGCGGGCGGAGGCGGCGGCUGCCCGCGGCCCGAGCGCUGCACGCGGCCGGGGAGGUGCUGGCGGUGGCGGCCGGGCUGAAGCCGGCGCUGCUGUGGGACUGCGGGAACGCGGGCCCGGCCGAGCUGCGGCGGUACCUGGGCCGGCUGCGGGAGGCCGGGCUGGCCGCGGGCCGCCUGCACGUGCUGGGCCUGGGCGGCUCGGCGCUGGUGCUGCGGCCGGCGCUGGCCCGGGGCCGGCUGCGGGCCGCGCUGCGCUCCCGGGCCCCGCCGCUCGUGGAGGUGUCGGCGGCGCGGCGGCGCCCGGCGCUCUGCGGCCCGGCCGAGGCCCGGCCCGCGCUCCGGCACCUCGCCGCCCUGCUGGGCCACCUGCGGGACGCCGAGGCCGCCGGCGCCGAGCCGGUGACCGCCAGCGAGGUCGCCCCCGGCGAUUGGAACCUGUGCACCGUGGCCGGGGUGCUGCUGGGCUACCCCGCCGUGUACACGUUCGCCCAGGGCGCCGAGAACUGCCUGGCGCUGACCCCGCUGCGGGUGUUCACGGCGCAGGCCGCCUGCCCCCGCAUCCAGGACGGGCUCAGGGUCCGGAUCUGCUCCUUCAGCGUCCCGGAGAGUCUGUGCGCCCAGCUCGGGGAUGUGCUGGAUGCCUGGUGCCGCGAGCUCAGGGAGGCUUUCAGUGCUCAGACUGAGUUUGUAGAUCUCUGCAUUUCCAGCGAGGUCGUGUCUCUUCCAGCGGUUGCCUUGUGAAACACGAGCACACUGUGACUCUUUAGCCUUCCUCGCUGCGUCAGGGACCAAGGCAGAAGAUCCAGUCCCCUGCAUCCCUCGUGGUCCUUGAGCACUGAAGGCUGAAUUGUGACAGUCACCGCGGGCCGGUGGCAAAACCAAAUUCUUUAAAAAACCAAGUGUGUGGACACGUGUGCUCUGCAGCCUCAGUCCUGCCUGCCUGCACAUUGCACCCUGCAAAGUCAGUGGGUAUUUAUUUGCAGUGGGCAGCUGAAGGUUAAUAAAUUAUUUGAACACCA